AUGUCUGCGCGCGCAUUGCGUAAGCUCCAGCGCGAGCUCGAAGAGAAGAAGCAGCUUGAGCAAUUGGCCGCCGAAAAUGACGAAGACGACGAAUCGGAAGAGGAACGGCCAACCGCUCGCCCCGCGAAGGCCAGCAUGUUCGCCAUGCUAGGUGCCGAAGAAGAUGAGGAUGAGGACGAGGAUGAGAAGCAGGGGCCGCAAGAGAUUCCGGACGCGCCGGAGGAGAGCGAGGAGGAGACACCGAAACCGAAGGCAUCCAGCGCAAAGAGAAAUAAAAAGAAGAAGAAGAAGGCCAAGGCGAAACAAGCUACCGACACCCCGACCACAGAACAGUCUGCGCCCUCCGAGCUUGACGAAAUUGAUCUUGCGCUCCAAUCUCUCAAAGUUUCCAAAUCCGCGGGCCACGGCAAAUCGGCUGAGGAAAGUGCAGCUGACGCCGCGGCACAGGAACUGUGCAAGCUGCUGGCCGUUGACACCCAAGGGCUACACGCGCAGAAUGAGAUGCGGAAGCUUUUCGGAAGGGCUGCGUUGGAGAACAGGGCGGACGAUGAGCCUGCUGGUAGAGGGAGGCGCGGCCGAGGCGCGCAGCAGCUUGGUUUGGCGCAGGCUGUUGCUGCGCGAAACAUGCCCGGCGGCCAGGGGUUUGCUUCGUUAGGUCUGCGCCGGAAUAUAUUCAUUCAAGGAAAGGAAGAGUGGCCGAGAGCAACGAGCGGUGGCCUCGGUAUGGAGGUUGUAGAAAAGCGCGCCGACGGAACUGUGGAGUACAGAUUCAUACACAGUACAUCAUACCAGGACGUACAAAGGCAGUUCGAAAGCUGCGUAGCUUCCAUGGACCCUAAUCGGCUGGUACAGUUGCUCCAGUUCAACCCAUACCACAUCUCGACCCUCCUUCAAGUAUCGGAAAUCGCAAAGCAAGAGCGAGACCACGCAACAUCUGGCGAUCUCCUCGAGCGUGCUCUGUUCUCGUUCGGCCGUUCCAUCCACUCAACUUUCUCCAACAAUAUCUCGCAAGGAAAGGCCAGGCUAGAUUUCCGCAGACCGGAGAACAGAGAAUUCUGGCUGGCGGCGUGGCGCUACAUUGCCAACCUCGGCAUGCGUGCAACUUGGAGGACGGUAUAUGAAUGGGCCAAGCUGCUUCUCAGUCUCGACCCUGAGAACGAUCCGUACUGCGUUCGACUCGUCAUCGACCAGUUUGCCAUCCGCGGUCGACAGCAGCAAGACUUUAUCAACCUAGCUCAGAGCGAGUUCUUCAAGGAAAGAUGGGCAGACCUCCCAAGCAUCCAGCUGACGUUAGGCCUCGCGCAUGUGCAGGCGAAGGAACGCAGCAAAGGGCAACAGACACUGUACACGGCCAUCGGCAAAUACCCUUGGGUUGCUGCUCGUCUGUUCCAGGAACUGGAGGUCAACGACAUCCCCCCAGGGAUCUGGGGCAAGCAGCCUCGCACGCCCUACGAACACCUACUGACUGAGCUGUACGUCAUUCGCGCCAAGGACAUCUGGAACACGCCAGAAGCCAAAAACCUGCUGGUCGAGGUGGCUUCGGCGGUGCAGGCUUCUGGAAUGAAAGACGCUGUAGACAUGACCAUCACACGAGACAUAGCUCGUCACACCAUACUUAGCGACAAUCCGGCACUCAUUGGAGCAGUUCCGCGAUCGCUGUCUUCGCAGGUCCAGUCGACGUCAGACCCGCUGCCUCCGAACGACAACUUGGCUUCGUAUGACCCCAGUCCGAGCAGGACGAGCCGACAGCGCGAGGGUCAAACGGCGGAUGAGAUGCGGGAGGAGUACAGCAACCUGAGGGCAUUCUUCGAAAGUCUCAUGCCGUGGUCCCAGGCGCCCGAGGGCGAUGGGGGAGAGCAGAGAGCAACAGAGCAACUGGAUGAGGCACCACCGCUGGAUUCGGACGUGCGCGAUGACGAGGUGGUCAGGCGGAUGGUCGAGCGAGGCAUCCCUUUCCAGGAGAUCUGGGAGCGGACGCAGCGGUUGGAGCAGCUGCAGAACCAAAUGGCAAUGAUGGGCGAGUUGGAGGAACUCCCGGAAGCGGAGCAAGGUCGGGCAGCGCAAACCCCCUCGACAGAGCGGGCGGAGGGCGGCGGAGACGGCGAGGAUGCCAGGGGUGCGGAUCCUGCGGCGUAG